GUGCCUGUCACUACCGCUUUCACCGUUGACUGGCCAUCAGACCGCCGCUCUGCGCGGCGCCGGUUCCGCCCCCGUCGGGUGUUUGUGGUGGGGCUGCGGAGUCGCCGAUCCCGCCGGAAGCGCCAGGACAAUGGGGACCCGGGACGACGAGUACGAUUACCUAUUCAAAGUGGUGCUUAUUGGGGACUCAGGUGUAGGUAAGAGCAACCUGUUGUCACGCUUCACCAGAAACGAAUUCAACCUAGAGAGCAAGAGCACCAUCGGAGUGGAGUUCGCCACUCGCAGCAUUCAGGUGGACGGCAAGACCAUCAAGGCUCAGAUCUGGGAUACUGCUGGCCAGGAGCGCUACCGUGCCAUUACCUCUGCGUACUACCGCGGUGCAGUGGGUGCACUGCUGGUAUAUGACAUUGCCAAGCACUUGACAUAUGAGAAUGUGGAGCGCUGGCUGAAGGAGCUGCGGGAUCAUGCAGAUAGCAACAUUGUCAUCAUGCUGGUGGGCAACAAGAGUGACCUGCGCCACCUUCGGGCUGUGCCCACUGAUGAGGCCCGUGCCUUUGCAGAAAAGAACAAUUUGUCCUUCAUUGAGACCUCAGCCUUGGAUUCCACCAAUGUAGAGGAAGCAUUCAAGAACAUCCUCACAGAAAUCUACCGUAUUGUGUCACAGAAGCAAAUCGCUGACCGUGCAGCCCAUGAUGAGUCCCCUGGCAACAAUGUGGUGGACAUCAGUGUGCCACCCACCACCGAUGGACAGAAACCCAAUAAGCUUCAGUGCUGCCAGAACCUGUGACUGCCCUGCACCUUUACCCAGCGUGCGUGCACGUCCUCGGUCCUUGGCCAGCCCCUCACCAGUGUCCUCCCGUCCCCUCCCUUGUCCCUCUAGGACAGGCUGCUCCCACCCUCCAAGUGAGCUCCGCCUGCCAGCCCGAUGGCCCAGGAAGAGCAGGAGUCCAGUGGCCUCUCCUGUCCUGCCUGCUCAAGAGAAGCUAAAAGCCCCUUGCUUAUGUACCUGCUCUUGGAUAUUGUGGGCGUCUUGACAGGGUGGGGGGUUGAUAGGAUGGACAGGGCCAGCCAGAGGUGAGGAAGAUGAGUGGAAGGAGCCAGCUUCUCCUGUUUUCCAAGUCAGACUCCAGGGAUCGAUACCUCCUUCCCUCUCUGGCCAGUUGACCCAGCUGGCCCUGCAUCCCCAUCCCAAACCCUCUCUGAGCUAAUACCCGAAGAGCCAGGCAUCAGAAGCUGAGCAGGUGGACAUUCUGGGCUCUGCCUCCUGCCUACACCACCAUAGCCAGCGCCAGCACGGCCUCCAGCAUUCCCAGGCCUGCGCACUCCUGCUCCUGCCUGUAGAUUUAUGCUGGGAGAAGACACCCUUGCCCCCUCUCCCUCCUCCUCUGCACGCAGCGCUCUCCUCUACCCGUCCCUACUUCUCUGUCUCGUCUCCUUGUCUGGUCAGGAACCUGUCUGCAAGUGAAGCAAUAUCUCCGUGUUUUGUAUAUACAACUGCUCUUGUAGCCUUUGGUUUUUGUUAUUGUAGAGAAACACAGAUUCUUUAUACACUUUGUAAAAUUGACGCCAAACCCCAGCUCUCGAACUCUUAUUCUCCCUGUAGCCCUUGCACUGUUGCCCGUUACUAAAAUGUAUAAGUCACUUCUGUACAGAAACCCA